AUGCUCUGUCUCGUCGCCUCGGCUCUCGCAUUCAGGCCGGUGCACGUUUGUCAGCUCACGCCUAGCACGAGCUCGGCGGUGAUGCGAACGCCGCGCGAGCGGAAGCUCGGAGGCGGCAUUGCGCAGGGUCUCGGGCUGGGCAAAGAGAAGAACAAGUGGGUUACGCCGGUGACUGCGCUUGCGCUGGCCGGUGUGUUUACAGGCAGUGUGGUGCUGCGCGCAGCGAGCAGGCAGCGCCGUGUCGAGACCGGUCGAUACACCGUAGGCGGUCUCACCGAAGGAUUCGUCGACGACCUCUUUGCUCCGAUUCGCGCCAAGGGCGGCUGGGGCGGCGUGGUGGGAAUAAAGACGCCGGGCGCCGAGGAGGCCAGGGCCAUCAAGGAGGCGAACAAGUCGCCUACAAGGAGGGCGAUGGAGGAGAAGAUCAAGGCACGCGAGGCGGCGCGCCUGCAGGCCUUUCCUCCGUGA